CAAACUCAAGGUGACAAGGAAGGCGGUCUAUGUAAUCGUUCAACUUCUAGUGUUUACAAACCACCAACGAUCCACCUUCUUAUCUGUAGUUAUCUUGUUUUUCGUUGCGUUCUAUCGAUUUCCAAAAUAAACAUUCGAAACAGGCAUAGUCCCUUGCCCCGUGAUUAGUGGUUUUCAUGACUUGUCAUCACUAAGCAUAGCUGCUCACCGGAGCCCAACACAGUCAAUCUCAAUUAAACGAUAACAAGGAAAAAUGCUGAGCUUUGCUAGAUGCAGUGGAAGCCGGUCAGUUGGUCACCGAUAUUUCAGCCUUUUAAGAGAUAAAAACUACAUUGGAGGAGAAUGGGUUGCAGCCUCUUCAGGAAAAACAUUCCAAGUAACAAAUCCUGUUAAUGACAAGGUCAUUGGCAUAGCCCAAGAUUCCACUCCAGAGGAUGCCGAGAAGGCAAUUAAGGUUGCCAGUGGCAGUUUUAAGAUGUGGGCAGAUUUGCCAGCCAAAGAAAAAGGAAUAAAGCUAAAAAGUUUGCUCAAAUUAGUAAAUACCCAUAGUGAUGAUCUUGCCAAACUCAUCACUGCCGAAUGUGGCAAACCUUUAGCAGAAGCAAAGGCAGAAGUCAUGUAUUCUGCAGGCUAUCUGGAAUGGUAUGCUGAAGAGGCUAAACGGAUUUAUGGAGAAGUUCUAGCUCCACCCAACAAUACGAGGGAGCUAGUAGUUUUGAAAGAACCAAUUGGUGUCGUUGGCUUCAUUACUCCAUGGAAUUUUCCUUUGGCAAUGCUCGUUCGUAAAGCGGCAGCUGCCCUUGCUGCUGGAUGCGUAUGCGUAGCAAGACCCGCUGAAGACACACCGUUUUCCGCAUUGGCAUUGGCUGCCUUGGUAGAAGAAGCCGGCUUUCCAGCUGGAACUUUCAAUGUCGUUACAUCUUCACGAUCCCAAGCCGGACCCAUUGGUCAAGCUCUUUGUGCUAGUCCCCAAGUGGCUGGAAUUUCUUUUACAGGAUCAACUGCUGUUGGCAAAAUACUUUACCAACAGUGUGCCAAUACCGUCAAACGGCUUGGGCUGGAGCUCGGUGGCAAUGCAUCCUACAUCAUUUUCCCAACUGCCGAUCUAUCACGGGCUGUCCAAGGUGUGAUGGGUUCCAAAUUCCGAAACGCUGGACAGGCCUGCGUAGCCACUAACCGUGUACUUGUCCAUGAAUCUGUUUUCGACAAGUUUUCUUCAAUGCUAGCCACAGCUGUUAAGACUCAAUUAGUCUCUGGCGAUGGCUUCGAUCCUGCCGUCAAUCAGGGCCCUCUUAUCAAUGAGCAGCAGUUUAAAAAAGUUGAUGGCAUAGUUAAGGAUGCUGUGAGCAAAGGUGCUCGUUUAGUCUCUGGUGGUGGUAUUCACCCCACGUUGAAAGGCCGCUUCUAUCAACCGACUGUACUAUCCAACAUCACAGAGAACAUGAAAAUUUAUAACGAAGAAAUUUUCGGCCCAAUUUGUCCGCUCUACAAGUUUUACUCUGAAGAUGAAGCUGUAACCAUAGCCAAUAGCACGAGACGAGGAUUGGCCAACUAUUUCUAUAGCAACGAUUACGCUCAGGUGUGGCGAGUAGCUAAACGCCUCGAGUCCGGCAUGGUAGGCGUCAAUGAAGGUCUCAUUUCCGCAGCUGAAGCGCCAUUUGGUGGCGUUAAAGAAUCGGGAUUCGGACGCGAAGGUUCCCGUCACGGUGUAGAUGAUUACGUGCACACUAAAUACGUCUGCUUCGGUGGAUUGCAAAAUUGAAUGUUUUCAAAACCCAGAAACGUCUUCCUUGUUAAUGUGAAUAUAAAAAUUCGAAUCAUUUAAACUUUACGUGGGUAUACAAGUUUAUUUAU